CCCAAAGAGAUCUGACCCAGAGAUGCAUGCCGCAGACGAGGCUUGCAGUCGGGAAUCACCAAGGGGUCUGUGGAUAGCGAUGUGGCUUGCUCCGGGAUUGCUGGCUUGCUGUGGCCUGUGGCCUGUGGCUCGAGUCACAACCAGAUGUUUGCCCACAUCUCGAUACGACCUCCCCGCUCUCGAGAAGACCCGCCAUCCAAAUCGGCACAUUCAUCCAGCUUGCCUUGCCCGCCUCCGCCGCAGGUUUCUCCUCCCAACCCAUGUCCUCCUCCCGCCUCGCCGUCUUGUUUCUUGCCGCUGGAUAUGGCUCGCGCCUCCAGCGAGAUAUCCGAGCCGACGCUUCGCAGCAAUACGCUCAUCUGCUGGGCAUCCCCAAGGCGCUUUUGCCGCUUGCAGGCAAGCCGCUGAUCGAGCACUGGCUCGAGCUCUUCCGGGCCCUGCCCACGGCGAUCACGGCAUCGAACGGCGCAACGCUCGAGUUUGAUGCUACCCGCGACUGCUUCAUCAUCUGCAACGACUUUUUCCACGGGCAGUUCCAGGCAUGGGCACAACGGCCUGGAGUGGGUUUCCCUCCCGGCCAGAUCCUCAACGACGGCUCGACCUCGAACGAGACCCGGCUUGGAGCCAUCCGCGACCUGGCCCUGGCCAUCUCGACCUUUGGCCUGCACGAGCGCCCCGUGCUGGUCGUCGCCGGAGACACCCUCUUUCUCAAGUCGUUUUCGCUCGAGGCCUUCCUGACAGCGGCCCUGACGAGGCCAGACUCCGAGGCCAGUUUGGUGACCUGCUACGACAUUGGCUCCGAAGAUACCCGCAAGACCGGCAUUCUCGAGAUCGAUGGCGAUCGCCGGGUCGUGGGCUUUGUCGAGAAGCCAGAGCCUACCGAGACGACCUCCCGCCUGGCGUGCCCGUGCUUUUACUUUCUGGCACCUGCAGCCCUUCGACAGCUGGAUCUCUUCCUGGAGCACAAGAAGCAGCUUCAUGGCGGAGACCAGGAGCACGGCUCGGAUGCGGCGGCAGCGGUUCCGUGGCUCGAAGAGAUCGAUGCCACCGGUCGGCUGUUGGCCUGGCUCAUCCACCAGGUCGACGUCUAUGCCUCGGAGAUCGAGGGACGUCUUGACAUUGGCGGGCUGGCAUCCUACAUCGAUGCCGAGGCAUACAUGAAGAGCGACUGAGGA